UCAAAUGCAGCAAGUUUUUGGCCAUGGAAGUUCCAGAUCGCAUCGAGGUAGUCCAGAAACUGAAUCUUUGCUACAAUUGUCUCCGAGGUAGCCACGCCGUACAUAAGUGCACCACGACUUCAUCCUGUAAGCAGUGUGGGCGCAGACAUCAUUCCCUCAUCCACAGAGCCAAACCGACUGGUCAAAACGCCCCCACAACCGGCAACAAUCCGUCACUCACACAUCAUGCUCAAACAUUCAACACAAUUGGCCAGACUCUCCUUGCAACUGCAAUUGUUCACGUUCGAGAUGUUGAAGGAGUUCAGCAACAAGUACGUGUCCUUCUGGAUGGCGGCUCUGAUACGCAUAUCAUUAGCCGAAAAUGCAUCAGACGCCUGGGGAUACGCUACAACAAAAAGCAAGCAUUGGUUACCGGGCUAUCUGAGGUACCGGUAGGCACAACCCAAGGCAUCGUGGACUUGGAAUUCAGCCCUCACUUCAACUCAUCGCUCAUCAUUGGAGCAAAGGAUACGUGUGUCAUGCACACGGUCACAACUCAUCUUCCUCUUCAUCCAUGCAACGCAAAUCUAAGUCAUCUCAACUCGCUCGAAUUAGCAGAUGAGACCUGGCACAACCCUGGAGAGAUCGACAUGCUGCUAGGAGCAUCUCUCUUCUAUGGCCUGAUCCGUGGUGACAAAAUCACUGGAGCAACAGGAGAACCCUUCGCCCUCAAUUCCGACCUAGGAUGGCUGGUGGUGGGUGAGGUAGAGAGCACAAAAAACAAUAAUCAUGCAUUUCAUGUUCAACUAAGUAAAAAUGAUGAAGCACCAACAAGAGUAGAGGUAUCAAAUGCUGAUUUGGACCAUCGUCUUACCACUUUUUGGGAACUUGAGACGUUACCAGAAGCCGUACCACUUACAGAAGAAGAGCAUACUUGUGUGGAGCACUUCCGCUCAACUCAUUCGCAGAGAGAUGAUGGGAAAUUCGUUGUUCAUCUUCCUUUUAAGUCCUAUCCACCCAACCUCGGCGAAUCACGCGACAUGGCAAUCCAACGACUGAAACAAUUAGAGCGACGCCUUGCCCGACAACCAGAAGUCAGUCAAGAGUACCACGCUUUUAUGAAGGAGUACCAGGAACUUGGUCACAUGGAAGAAGUUCCUCAAAAUGAAGUAAUGUCCAGCAACAAUUACUACAUCCCUCACCAUUACGUAUUGAAGGAGGAAAGUACAACUACCAAACUUCGGGUUGUAUUCGACGCCUCUGCUCGCACCACGAACGGCAAGUCUCUCAACGAUUGCUUAUUGGUUGGUCCCACUAUCCAAGAACCGCUGUUCAACAUUCUGCUACGAUUUCGCACACAUCCUGUCGCCUUCACUGCAGACAUUGCAAAGAUGUAUCGCCAGAUUUUAAUAAGAAAAUUGGACACCGACUACCAGCGCAUCGUGUGGAGAGAAAGCCCUGAACAUCCCAUCAAGGACUAUCGCCUACUUACCGUUACUUACGGCACCGGUCCUGCCCCCUACUUAGCCACUGCUGUCGUCGACCAACACGCCCAGAACCAUGCUGACGAAUUUCCUCUUGCAGCCGUAGUAGCCCGACGUGACUUAUACAUGGACGAUUGUAUGAGCGGAGCCGAAACGGUAAAAGAAGCAUUACUUCUUCAACAACAACUCCUCGACCUCAUGAAAUGUGGAGGAUUCGAACUACGUAAAUGGUCAUCCACCCACCCCGAAGUCACUGACGCUUUACCAGAAUCGCUACGUGAAACAAAGUCAGUAUUGUCCGUGGAACUUGGUCACACCAUCAAAGCACUGGGGAUAUACUGGCACCCGUCGACUGAUCAAUUCUUCUUCAAGAUUGAUAACCUCACGAGCACAGAGAAGAAAGUUCUUACAAAACGCUGCAUACUCUCAGACAUCGCCAAGAUUUUCGACCCUAUCGGCUGGUUGGCUCCCGUUGUCGUCACAGCUAAAAUCAUGAUGCAACAGUUAUGGAAAUUGGAGCUAGGAUGGGAUGAUCCAGUACCAGAAGAGAUUGAACGGAGUUGGAUCCACUACAAGUCGCAACUAAAACAAAUUGAAUCAAUUCGAAUUCCACGCUGUAUCAAACCUUCACCAACUUCCGACUGCCAGCUCGCCCUUCUAGGAUUUUCAGACGCAUCCGAAAAGGCCUACUCUGCGGUGGUGUACUUGGCUAGCUACUCAUCGUUCUCUCCUCCAAGCAUCGCCAUCGUCACGUCGAAAACACGCGUCGCCCCCGUCAAAACCGUGUCACUACCACGUUUAGAGCUCUGCGCUGCGGAACUUCUUGCCAAACUCAUGGAGAAAGUUCAGCAGGCUCUCCAUCUUCGAUACCAACACAUUAGUGGCUGGACUGAUUCCUCCACGACCUACGACUGGAUCCAAGGGUCACCAUCAAGGUGGCACCGAUUUGUGGCUAACAGAGUCACCAAAAUCCAAACCAGAAUACUUCCUUCGCAAUGGGGACACGUUUCUGGCAUCGACAAUCCAGCAGACUGCGCAUCGAGAGGAAUCGACCCUUCUACGCUUUCCGCCUUCAUGUUGUGGUGGAAGGGCCCCAGUUGGCUCAACAAUGGUAUUCCUUCUCUGGUCGUGCCGAUCCAUCGCGAUUCAACCAUCGACAUGGAGGAGAGAAAGGAACUCGUCGUCAACAAAGUCCAAGUACACCCCUUCUCUAUAAUCCUACAAAAUUCAUCCAACUUUUCCAAACUACUGCGAAUGACUGCUUGGAUGUACCGUUUCUCAAGAAAUAUCCAAUCACGCAUUUCAACUCGAAAAUUGUGCAGCCAAGUCAGUGGACCCCUACAUCCCGAAGAGAUCAACAAUGCCAUGGAAUAUUGGGUGCGUCUCACACAACAUCAAUAUUUCCCCUCUGACAUUCAAACCCUCAGUAAUUCUGAUAACCCUCAUGUGGGAGUAAAAAGCCAAAUCCUCGCAUUGAAUCCCUUUCUCGAUUCGUCUGGUCUCGUUCGAGUGGGAGGAAGAAUUAGCAAAUCAUCCCUUGCUUUUGACCAACGCCACCCCAUACUGCUGCCGAGGAAGAGUCAUCUUACUACCCUACUCAUCCGGUAUGAACACGAGAGAAACUUUCAUGCAGGACCACAACUCUUGCUGUCAAUUAUCCAAGCAAAAUACUGGAUAAUUCGUGGACGAGAUGCUAUUCGCCACCAAAUUCGCCAAUGUGUACCAUGCACAAAACAGAGAGCUACAACAAUGCAACAACUCAUGGCUGACCUACCAAAGUUUCGAGUGACCCCAGCCAGAGUAUUCACCAAAUGUGGAGUGGAUUACGCCGGCCCGUUUUUGCUAAAGCCAAUGUUACCACGUAGCAAGACAACCGUCAAGUCCUACAUGUGCCUAUUCGUCUGCUGUGUGACUCGAGCUGUUCACUUGGAACUCGUCAGCAGCUUGUCGACAGAGGCCUUCAUCGCAUCAUUACGACGAUUCAUCGCACGAAGGGGACGGCCUUCUGACAUCUACUCAGACUGCGGAACAAAUUUUGUUGGUGCCAAUCGCGAACUCCGAGAAUUGACAGCUCGCUUUGCCAAUUCAUCUCACAACCAAGAAGUAUCAAACCAGCUAGCAAAUGAAGGGAUUCAGUGGCACUACAACGCCCCUGGAAGUCCACAUCACGGAGGAAUCUGGGAAGCUGGAGUCAAGUCGGUAAAGUACCAUCUCAUCCGAACUUUUGGCACAACCCAACUCAACUUUGAAGAGAUGAGUACCACAUUUAUCCAAAUAGAAGCUCUACUGAAUUCCCGACCCAUAACUCAAGAAUCGAGUGACCCAAGUGACCUGUCUGCUCUAACUCCAGGCCACUUCCUGAUUGGAGCCCCACUCACCGCUGCGCCCGAUUCCGACCUCAGCCAUCUUAACGCCGGUCGACUCAACCGCUGGCAACUCAUCCAACAAUUGUACCAGUCAUUCUGGCGGAGGUGGUCAUCCGAGUACCUCACUCGCCUUCAACAACGCCCCAAGUGGAUGAAAGAACACAAAGACAUUGCAAUUGGAGAUUUAGUCACAAUCAAGGACGAAAAUAUGCCCCCCAUGCGCUGGCGCCUAGGACGUGUAGUCGAAUUGCAUCCAGGAACCGAUGGUCACACCAGAAUUGUUACACUAAAAACCAAGGAUGGAACUUUAAAACGACCAAUUGUGAAAUUGUGUUUACUGCCAGUUCAAGGUGAAGAUUCAAAUAAUGACUCUUAGUGUUGAAAUGGUGCCACUUCAAGGUCCGGGGAAUGAUCGGUUUCAUAAGUUAUUAUUUUACAUUUACUGUCCACCCAAUUCGUUUGCAUCCAAGGACAUUACGAGAUUUUAUAACCAUUUGUAAUCUUAUUCUCAAGUUCAGUCUUUUCUUGAUUCUUUGACCUGAUGUACAUGUCGCCGUCUCAAUUAUACAAAUAUUUUAUCUUACUUAAUAUGUACUUCUCAAUUUUACCUUUUCUAAUUGUAUGAAAGGACAAAAUACCGAUAUGAUAACAUAAUGUGUCUCCUUACUUCUUAUCAAAUUAUCCUAAUUCAAUUAACCUUCAAAAUGUAAUUUAACCAAUGCUCAACCAAUAUUCUUGGCCACUCUUCUCAAGCUUACCUUACGAGCCACAUCAGCCCAAUUCAUUUUAAGUUCUAACCAUUUUUAUGUAUGACAAGGCUUGUUUUUUUUUUUUUUUUUAAACUGAAGUAAAACACAUUGAGCAAAAUUAACUUAACAAGCUGUCCGAGAACUCUUAAUUUCCUAAAAAGUCUGUCCUUCUCAAAACCACGCCAUCAUCAUCACAAAAUCUUCCAUCCUCAAAUCACACCCACAUCAUUUACAUUCAUUAAAAUUUAUAUUACGACAAAAUUUGUAACUUUUAAUAAGUUCUGCGACUUGAUUUAUAAUCAUGAGGUAAGUUUUCUUCUUCAACUAUUUGCUGCAGCAAUUAUGUUAAAUAUAUACAUGUAUUUGGCAGUGGUGAUGGCGACGAUGGCGAUGAUCGGGUGGAAUUGGAGGUGGGACGGGUUCCUCUGCGUGAAGAACUGCGUCCUUUGCCCAAUUUUAGUGGUGGUAGUGAUGGUGGCCAGGUUGAGGCGGAUUUGGAUCUCUGGCAGCGUGUCGUUGAGCUUGACGACGGUGAACAACCGGGCACCUCUUCUAGUCUGAAGUGAUUGAAAUCUCUCUCCGAAAUCGCACUCCGAGGAAGAGGAUGAGGAGGAAAACUACUUCCGGUCACUGCGAAGGAAGACCUCGUCUGCUGAUGAUGAAGCUGUUGUUGCGGAAAGCAA